CACGUUCGAGGCAUGCUCAAUCGCGAAUAAUCACCAGCCGCCAUGUCAAACUACGACAAAUGGAAUCGCAUCCUCAAGGAAUUUGACGAUGAAGAAGCUGCAGAGGUGUCAAGAGGCGGCGACGCAGCCAAGGCGACCAAGCCGACGCGAGAGUUCCCGCCAUUGUCGCACAAACCCCUGCAGCUCAAACAAGAGAUUCAAGAAGCCAGCGCCAAGUUGCAUGCGUUGGAGAAGGACUUGGCCGAGUACGACGCGUUGGCGGGUGUGUUGAAGGACUUGCCGACCAAGCUGGACCACGACAUCAUGGUUCCGUUGGGCAAGCAAGCGUUUGUUCCAGGGAAGAUUGUGCAUGCGAAUGAAAUCACUGCGCAUCUCGGGGGCGACCUCUUUGCGAAGCAGACGGCCAGUCAGACCGGCGCCAUGGUCGAGCGCAAAAAGACAGAUCUAGUCAAGCAAAUCAAGCACCAGGAAGUGUGGCUCGAGUCACUUCAUGCCAAGCUGGGGGACGUGGACAACGUGCUCAACUUGAAAAAGAUCUACGAAGACGCCAACAUCCAAGAGAUCAAGGAAUCCGAAGCCGAAAGCAACGAGGGGAUCGUCGACCCGUCCGAGUUUACACAAGCGGACUACGACAUGUACUUUGAGAUUGAAAACCAAGAAGCUGCCAAGCAAGCCGCGUCGUCGUGGGAUUGGGACGACGCCAUGCGGCGGAUGGAAGCGCUGGAACAGCACGAAGAGGCGUCCGUGGACAAGACGGCGGUGACAACCCACGAAGCCGAGUCGAUCAAACAGCAAGGCAACGCCGCGUUUGCUUCCGCCAAGUACCAAGCGGCCGUCGAUUUGUACUCCAAAGCCAUUGCUUUAACGCCCACCGCUCAUACAUUGUACGGCAACCGAUCGGCGGCGCAUUUUCAUCUGCGAGAGUUUGCCCACGCCCAGAAAGAUGCCGAUGCCGCCAUUGCCAUCAACCCGACUUGGGCCAAGGGCCACUUUCGACGGGGCCAGGCGUUGGCAGCACUGGGCCACGUCGACUUGGCGGCGGACGCGUACGAAGAAGCGUCGAAACUCAAACCCUCCGACAAAUCUGCGCUCGCCCUGGCCAAACAGCUGCGCCAGCAGGCCGACAACGACAAGAACCUCCGGCGACUGAGUACCACUCAUGACGUGGACGCAGCACGACGAUCAAGUGUGUUUUCUGGCUCGGUGGUCGAAACCAACGCUGGGCCAACGUUGGCAUCCCCACACCAGGUACGCAACACAUGUCUAGCGUAAAUAUGCGACAAGGUAGUGGUGCUUGGCUAAACAAGUGACAGGGCCAAGCACAAGACGGACUGCCGCCGCCGAAGCGCGUGUCCCGGUUCAAAGCCCUGCGACAAGGGCUCGCGUAGAGAUUGAUCAUAUCUUUUUGGUACUCGUUUCAACGUGGUGGCGGUGUAUUAUUACCAGCGUACGAGUACUGUACAGUACCCCCUGUCGGCAUACUGUAUGCAGGUGCUUCGAUGAAUAGUUAUGCCAUAAAUAGAACCCCAAUUGGUUGUCCUGUGC